AUGCAUUGUGUACCAAUUAUGUCCAGAAAUUCACAUGAACAUGAAGAAAAUGAGCGUAAUCCAACAACAGGGUUAUCAUUACCAAUAGGUAAAACCAUAUCUAAUCAUGUUAAAUGCGGAUUAUCAAAGUCUCAAAUUAAAGCAUCAUUAAGUACAAAUUAUCCACAACAUUCAAUUAAUCAAGAUAAAUUACACAAUUUAAUAAUUUAA